CAACAAACCUCUCGCGAGACUGCACGCAGUUUCCCAGACAGCAGUGUGGUGUGGCGUGUGCGAGACAGAGACAAGGAAAGAUGGCGACACAGGAGAGUGAAGCGACUAAAUCCACCGUGAGCAACGGCGAGGUUAGCAGUAAUGGAACUGCUGCAGUAACAGAUGGCCAGACUGUACAGACGGCUGGAAAUGCACAGGAUCCGCAACAACAACAGCAGCAGCAGCAGCAACAAGCACCUAAUGCAUGGCAGGUCAUUAAGGGAGUACUCUUCAGAAUCUUCAUAAUCUGGGCAAUCAGUAGCUGGUUCCGUCGAGGGCCGUCCACACCUGACCCCAACACGCCAGCCGGGGCACCCAGGGUGCCCAGCAGGAACCUCUUCCCCAAGGACACCCUGAUGGACCUGUACGUGUACGUGUCCCAGGAGGAGGUGUUCUCUGACUUCAACAACACAGAAGCCAUGUUCUGGUUUCACAGGGACCUUGUCUAUGGAGACUGGAACAUGGGGGAGAAUGGGGACGGCUGCUACCAGCAGUAUAAGGAGUUGGACAUCCCAGAGAAAGUACAGCAUAACGGUUCCCUGUACAUUCACGUCUACUUCACUAAAAGUGGGUUCCACCCGGACCCCAAACGCAAGGGGCAGUACCGCAGACUGGCAACAGUUCACGUAACACGAAUGCUGAAUAAAUUCAAGCGAAGAAAGUUUCUGAAGACCAAGAAUCUGCUAACAGGAGAGACAGAAGCAGAUCCCGAAAUGAUCAAGCGAGCAGAGAGCCACGGUCCAGUGGAGAUUAUAUCUCAUUGGCACCCGAACCUCACCCUCAACAUGGUAGAUGACCACACGGCCUGGGUCAAAGGCUCUGUUCCCCCUCCUCUGGACCAACAUGUUAAGUUUGAUGCAGUAAGUGGUGAUUACUACCCUAUUGUGUACUUCAAUGACUACUGGAACCUUCAGAGGGAUUACUAUCCCAUCAACGAGACCCUGACAAAACUCCCACUGCGCCUCACCUACUGCCCGUUGUCCUUGUGGCGCUGGCAGCUGUACGCUGCCCAGAACGCUCGCUCACCGUGGAAUUUCCUGCCUGAGGACACCUACGAGCAGUCUGAUGAAGACCAAGAUUCUGUCAAGGUGGCCCUUUUGGAAACCAACCCGUACCUGUUGGGACUCACCAUUGUAGUCUCCAUUGUGCACAGCAUCUUCGAGUUUCUUGCCUUCAAGAACGAUAUCCAGUUCUGGAACAGCAGACAGUCUCUAGAAGGUCUGUCUGUGCGCUCCAUCAUAUUUGGAGUUUUUCAGUCUCUGGUGGUGCUGCUGUACAUACUGGACAAUGAAACCAACUUUGUGGUACAGGUCAGCGUGUUCAUCGGCCUUCUUAUUGACCUGUGGAAAAUCACCAAGGUCAUGGAUGUCAGAUUGGACAGAGAGAACAAAAUCGCAGGGGUAUUCCCAAGAUUGGUAUUCACAGACAAGUCAACAUAUGUGGAGUCUUCAACCAAAAUCUAUGACGAUAUGGCCUUCAAGUACUUGUCGUGGCUGCUCUACCCUCUGUUUGGCUGCUAUGCGGUCUACAGUUUAUUGUACGUAGAGCACAAAGGCUGGUACUCAUGGGUACUCAGCAUGCUCUAUGGCUUCUUGUUAACCUUUGGUUUCAUUACAAUGACGCCACAGCUAUUCAUCAACUACAAAAUGAAGUCUGUGGCCCACCUCCCAUGGAGGAUGCUCACCUACAAGGCUCUCAAUACCUUUAUUGAUGACCUGUUUGCCUUCGUCAUCAAGAUGCCCAUGAUGUACAGGAUAGGAUGCCUCAGAGAUGAUGUGGUGUUCUUCAUCUACCUUUACCAGCGCUGGAUCUAUCGGGUCGAUCCAAACAGAGUCAACGAGUUCGGCACCAGCGGAGCAGACCACGACCAGAAUAACACAGCAGCGGCAGACGCUGCUCCCUCCGCCGCCGCCAUCACAGACAAACCAGAGGGGGAGAAGAAGAACGAUUAAGCAAGACCAUGCCCUUAUCUGCUUCCCUGACCCGCACCGCUGGGGCAAAGAGGACUUGUGGAAAUUAGGCAGGGAGGGGAGUUGUCGUUUAGCUGUCAUGGACGCCACUAUAAAAAAAAAAGAAAAAAAAAAAAAA